GUGAUUCCGAGUAGAAGCUGCUCUUUUCCUCGGCUCCAAAAAAAGAUAAUGGAAACUUCCAAGCUGUUCCUUGAUAUUAGAAGGGGAAGAUUUACAAACCAACUAUCACACCAUGAUUUGAUAGAGUCACCCAUUUUAUCACAAGUGGAACGUGAUCAGAUUUUGAACAUGGAAGGAAAAAGCUCCGUUCAUACUGGAGAGAAACCAUACACGUGUUGUGUGUGUGGACAAGGCUUCAGCCAAUCAUCAGAGCUCACAAACCACAAAUGCAGUCAUGCUGGGGAGAAACUGUGGAAAUGUGGGUAUUGUGGGGAGGAAUUCAUCUCCCCAUCAGAGCUGGAAACUCAUCGACAUAGUCACACCAGUAACAGGCCAUUCAGCUGCUCAGUGUGUGGGAAGGGAUUCACUCAGUCAUCUCACCUGCUACAACACCAGCUCGUUCACAAUGAGGAGAGACCAUUUCAAUGCACAGAAUGUGGAAAAUACUUUAAAACCUCCAGGAACCUGACAUCCCAUCAACUAGCUCACAUUAAUGAGAGACCUUUUAAAUGCCCAGACUGUGGAAAAUGUUAUAAAACCUCUGAGGACUUGACAUCCCAUCAAACUGCUCAUACUAACGAGAAACCUUUUAAAUGCCCAGACUGUGGAAAAUACUAUAAAACGUCUGGGGACCUGAUGGCCCAUCAAAGUGCUCACACAGAGGAGAGACCUUUUAAAUGCCCAAACUGUGGGAUGUGCUUUAAAAGUUCCAGGGACCUGCUGUCACAUCAACUCGCUCACAUUAAUGAGAGACCUUUUAAAUGCCCAGCCUGUGGGAAAUGCUACAAAACCUCCAGGGAUCUGAUGUCCCACCAGCAUGUUCACUCUGAGGAGAGACCGUUCACGUGCUCUCUCUGUGGGACUGGGUUCAGGCGAUCAUCUGACCUCAUGGAACACCAGCAGGUUCACACUGGGAAGAGACCGUUCAGCUGCUCCAAAUGUGGGAGGGGUUUCACUCGGUCGUCCAACCUGCUGAGACACCAGCAAGUUCACACUGCAGAGAGAUCUUUUAAAUGCCCGGACUGUGGGAAGUGCUACACAAGCUCCUGGGGACUGACUUGUCAUCAACGUGUUCACACUGAGGAGAGACCUUUCAAAUGCUCAGACUGCGGGAAGUGCUUCAGGAAUUCUGUGGAACUGAAGUCCCAUCAAAGUGUUCACACUGAGGAGAGACCUUUUAAAUGCUCAGACUGUGGGAAUCACUUUACAAGUUCCUGGGGACUGUUUUAUCAUCAACGUGUUCACAUUGAGGAGAGACCUUUCAAAUGUCUGGUCUGUGGGAAGUGCUAUCGAAGUUCUGUGGAACUGAUGUCCCAUCAACAUGUUCACAUGAUGAGAGACCUUUCCGGUGCUUUCGUUGUGGGACUGGAUUCAGGCGAUCAUCUCAACUCUCAGUAUACCAGCGACGUUCUACAGGAGAGAAAGCAUUUACCUGCUCCAUGUGAUAAAAACUGUGAGCUCACUCAUUGACCCUGCUGAGACAGCAGAGAGAUCACACAUGGGAACAGACAAUUCAUCUCCUCCAUGUGGGAGAAGGAAUUCACUCGGUCAUCAACACUGCUGAGAUGACACAGAGUUCACACAUCUUAACGCUGAUUGGACUUUGCUGUUCAUCACAUUCAGGACUGAAAUCAAAGUCUUUAUGUUGUGUAAAAAAGUCAAAUAAAUCAGUUUUGCAUUAA